UGAUGGUAUUUAGUGUGUUCUGAGUGCAGGCUGAGACUUUAACAGUGGGAGGGAAAAACAGAGCGAGCUCAGAUUCACCACGGGACGGUCAGGAAUUUCAUACUUUGCUUCCAAAACAGCCGGACUGGACUGCAGUGUGUAUAAGUGUGUGUGUGCGUGGAAGUGUGUAUGUAUGUGUGUGUGUGUGUUGCAGGCUAUAGACAAAUUCUAGACUCUCUCUAAAACUUCAGUGGGCUUCAGUUCUGCCUGGCCCGGUGUGGAGAAUCAUCUCAGCCCUGCUCUGGCUCAGUUAUGUAAAUGCCCCGGUGGGUAUUGUGCCCUCUGUUGUCCGCCAUCACCCUACUGACCUAUGUUGAGGCCCACGUGGAGGAUGCACGGAGGUCACGGGCGGUUGCCGUGGCGCUGUGGCCGAGGGAAGGACUGAACGUGGGAGUCCGUUGGUGCUGAGGUUGAUUGAAUCAGGUUGAAUCGGGUAUGUUCUGGGGGACGUUAGCGGCCGUGGCGGUGGCGCUGCACCUGUGGCUGUUGAUGGGCAGGACCUGCUGCAGUCCAGCGGAAGCACCAGCAUGCUGGGGUGGACGAGCAUGGUCUUUAGGAAACUUGAGCUGUGUGGAUCCAGAGCCUUACCUGCUGGUUGGCCACAGGAACACUAUUCUGCGUAUAGAUCUGGACAGGGGUGAUCAGGAACUAGUUGUGUCUGGAGUGGGAAAAUCCAUCCUGCUGGACUUUCACUACAGAGCUGGGAGACUGUACUGGGUAAACAUACACACCGGGGUCCUGAGCCGGGCAGACUUGGACGGGUCUCACAGAAAGAAGCUCCUAUCACUGGGGAAAGGAGUCUCAGGAUUAGCUGUUGACUGGAUAGAAAACUCAAUAUACUGGAGCAGCAGGAAAAGAGGAAUGAUCCAGCGGGCCGACAGCGAUGGGAAAAACAAGAGCACUGUUCUUCAAGAUCUCUCUCAGCCCAGCAGCCUGGUUAUCGACCCAAACCAGAGAUAUCUGUUCUGGAUGUCUGCUGGAGAAACCCCCAGCAUCCAGCGCUCUGACCCGGUGGGGGGACAGAGGACCACAGUGCUGAAGGUGCCGGACAGGCUGCUGGCUCUGGCCUUAGACCCUGUGGACCGGAGGCUGUUCUGGGUCCAGCAAGGUUCGGGUAAAGCCAGUGCCUUGGGGUCAUGUGAUUACAACGGCAACCUGAUCAAUGUUAUCAAUCAACCUGGAAGGUGGAAGUCUCUGAAGAUGUCUCUGUUCCUGGAUCACCUGUACCUGACAGACUCCGCCUCUAAUAGCAUUGCACGAAUUAAUAAAUAUAUGGGAGGCCGUCCAGAAAAGAUCAACACCACAAAGCUGCUGGGUUCUCCUACAGCUGUCCGAGUGAUCCAUCCCAUCAACCAGCCUGUAGCAGAAGUCAGUGCCCCCCUAACAUCUGGAGCAGGUUGCAACCCUCAGACUGAACAGUGUGUGAGUGUAUGUUCCAACCCAGACGGAUCCGAUCAGUGUAACUGCAGAAUCGGAUUCACCCUCAGCAAAAAGGGCGGCUACUGCGAAGAUAUAAAUGAAUGCGCUCUGUGGAACCAUGGCUGCUCUUUAGGCUGUGAGAACAUUCCUGGUUCUUAUUUCUGCACCUGCCCUGAGGGCUACCUGCUGCUGCCUGACACAAAAACAUGCAGAGAGAUUGAGCCCUGUGUGGAGAAUGGUACACUCUGUGAUCAUGCCUGCACACACACUCAGGAGGGAGACGUCUGUGUGUGUCCAGUUGGAUCCACCCUAAAACCCGAUGGGCGUUCCUGCACAGGCUGUCUGUCUGCGGAUGGCGGUGGCUGUAGUCAGGUGUGUGUGACGCUGUCACCUGGCAGGUGGGAGUGUGAGUGCCAACCUGGAUACCAACUGCAGCCAGAUGGCAAACAGUGCAAAGCCACAGGUCCUCCAGCAUUCUUGCUGUUUGCUAACGGGGUGGACAUCAGGAGGGUCAGCAUGGACGGGUCAGGGAGCUGGACUCUGCUGCAGGAUCCUGAAGGUUCCCUCCGAGCUCUGGACUAUGAUCCAGUACAGAACAUGGUUUAUUUUGUCAGUGGUGGACAGAAACAGAUUGAGAGGAUUUCUGUUGAUGGAGGAUCCAGAGAGCUGCUGCUGUCCACCGGACCAGACUCUUUACCUGAGGGACUGGCUGUGGACUGGGUCAACCGGAAACUCUACUGGACUGAUGGAGGUUCGUCCUCGAUUUGCUGUAGCAAUAUGAACGGGCAGGACACAGAAGUUCUGAUUUCUGAGAAGCUCCUGAAGCCUCAAGCGAUCUUGGUCCAUCCACAAGCUCAGAAGUUGUUCUGGACAGAUGUGGGCAGUCGGCCAGCGGUGGAGAGGUCCGGUUUGGGCGGUCUGGGCCGUGAGGUUCUGGUCAGUGCUGGACUGGUCACUCCCAGUGGACUGGCCCUGGAUCUAAGCUCUCAGCGGCUCUACUGGACUGACCUGACGACCGGACAGAUAGAGUCCGCUAGACUGGACGGAUCUGAUCGACACACACUCACACAGAACCAAGUAGGGCGUCCGUUUGCAGUGGCAGUGUUUGAGGACAGUCUGUGGGUCAGUAAUUGGGGUGAUAAACAGAUCUACCGGCUGGACAAGAAGACUGGACUCAAUCCACAGCGCCUCCUAAUGGAGACUGUACAACCAGCCGCAAUCACCAUCAUUCACCCCCUAACUAAGCCCGGGUCAGGUGACAGGGAAUGGAGUGAUCAUUUAAAGAACAAAACUCCAAAUGAUGAAAGUCUGCCUUCGGACUCAGGAGACACUGUGGCCUUCACAGAGAAAAUGGUGUCAGAUCAGGAUGAAUGUUUCUCGUUAAGCUGUGAUGGGAAUGCUCAGUGUGUGCUGGGGGUUGGAGGAGCUAUUUGUCAGUGUCUGAAUGGAUUCACCAAAAAUGGACAGAUUUGUGUGGAUAUUGAUGAAUGCUCAGAGGGCCUGGCAGAGUGUUUGAGUGUUGGUUCUGAGUGUGUGAACACAGAUGGUGGAUAUUUCUGUGGGUGCAGAUCUGGAUUCAGUGAAGAUGGACAUCAGUGCAAAGCAGAAUCUAAAGUCACGUCUAGGCCGACCACAGGCAGUCCGAUGGACGUCACACCUCCAUGGCGUGGUGGUAUGGAGAGCUGCCCAUCCACACAUGACUCCUUCUGUCUGUAUAAUGGAGUGUGUCUCUACUUCCCUGAGAUGGAGUCUUACGGCUGCAACUGUUUGCCAGGCUACAUUGGGGAGCGCUGCCAGUUCAGUGAUUUGGAGUGGUGGGAGCUGCAGCAGGCCGAGCAGGAGAAGAGGAGGAACACAGCCAUCGCUGUCUGUGUGGCACUACUUAUCCUCCUGCUGUCCAUCGCCGCUAGUAUCACCUACUGCUACAGGUGCAGGAGGUUAAUAGGAGUGCGCCCCCCAGUGGACAGUAUGAGUGAAGCGAGUAUCAGUGAAGAUAGCAUGGCAGAAGCGUCGUCCAACACUCCACAGUUCUUUGUAGUGCUGGAACAUGGAGGCUGUAAUGAUGGAAAAGUGCUUCAUGUGGUGAGCUGUCAGAGGAGAACUGUGUGUCCAUCCUGCUCCUCAGAAACAGGUGAGAGUUUUGUUUCAGAGGAGGCGGGAACUCUGAAGCGAGGUGAUAAAGCAUUGGAUUUGGAGAAAUGCUCACGUUCACCCAAUCUCACCAGACCUGAACCUCUUUCAGAACCCUGUGAUAAUCUCAUCUCUCUGGAUGACCCCGACCACAGACCCCCUCAGCUGCUCUGAACCCGCCUGCUGGUUCUGUCCUUAACACAGGGUACACUUCCAGUCAAAAGUUUGAGAACACACUGCUUUAACUUGUUUUUUUUAUAUCUUUUUUUAUUCAGUUUACUGUUUUGUAGUGUUGUGAUGUCAGCACUCAGAGCUUUUUAGAUGUUUAAACCAUCAUUGUGCCAAAAAAGAUUCAGUCAGUAGUUUUACUUUUAGUACUUUUAGAGAAAAGAAAUCUCAUGAAACGGUGUGGGUGUUGGAGAUGAUUUCAACCAAUGGCUGUAUGUAAACGUGACGCCAUGCUUCCAUUCCUUUCAGUUCUAUAAAUAUUAAGACAAAAAUAUCCACCAUGUUGUUAAAUUUCAAAUGUCCAAUGUCUCAGACUGCCUUCAUUAAAAUUGUCCAAAUUAAACUACAUUACCAGAGAUCAGCUGUGUUCACUGCUGAGACAAACCUGACUACAGUCCAGUUUUAGCCCUGAGCUGUUGUCAGAGACCAUUAAAAGAACAUAAAUAACGUUUUAAACAUUGUUUGUGUUUGUCAGUUCAAACCAGAACAUAUAGUACAUAAAUGUGACCACCAAGUGCAGACUGAGACUUAGUGCUAAUACAAGUCUUAUGACAACUAAUUAAAGUUCACAUUGACAUUUUACACAAUAGCAGACUUACAAAAAAAAAAACCCUGCAAAGAGUGUUAAUAGUGUUAAUAACAAUAACACCACAUCAUAAAAAAAGAAGAAUUAAAUAAGUUACCUGACAGCUCAACUACAAAGUGUGUAGCUUACUCCAACUAAAGCAGUUGGAUUUGUUAGACACUGAGAUGGAAAGACAAGUCAUUAAAACAAAUGGAGAUGGGUAGAGGGCUUUACUUUUGAGAGAUGUUAUAUGCUUAUAUACAGUCAUUGAUUACAACCAAAGUAUAAGGUACUUUACGCUAACUUAUUUCAAUAUAGUUUUCAGUUUUCAUAUAAAAAAACAAAAACAGCUUUCCAAAGUGUAGCAGAUUUGUUUUUAUAACGUAAAUGAUUGUUCUUUAACAGUUACCGUUGGAUGAGCUGUACAGAAUGCUGGACAAAAAAAUUCUUAUAAAAAAAAAUAUUAUUGGUUUGCUAGGUUGUCCAAAGCUUGUUGGAAUUACCAACAGUAACAAAGUCAGACAUUUGUGAUGGGUGCUUAAUGGAUAGAUUACGCUCUCUUGUGCUUGGUUGGCUGAUUUCUCUGCUUACAAACAUUGUAAAUAGUAUUUUUGGCUGGAAUUGCAUAGAGUGUCUUGUAGGAUUAUACAUAUAGGAUGUUAUAUACUGUACUGAAUAUAAGUGUAUAGUGUUUGAAGGUGUCAUUACAUCAGUACCAAAAGUAAAUAAAUAUAAAUGAAUAAAGACAGAAAUAGAAAUAAUCAUAAAAGCUUUUAAAUCUUAGUUUAACACAGAGAUUAUCUUUAUUAUCUGUGGACUUUAGGAAUAAAGACAGUGCUGUAAAUGAAAAAAAGAUUAAUAAAGGCUUUCAUCAUUGCCAA